AAAGUAGUCUUUUCAGAACAACAAUCAGCCCUAGAAGAAGAAAGCCCUAAUAUAAAACCCUAAUUUUGAGGUUUGUUCAGUUGGUAAGUCGUCGUUGCAGCCUCUUAGCCAAGGAGAAGAAGCAUCAGUACGAAGCCGCUCAACCUCUUCUCUCAACAAUGUCGUUGGUAGCGAACGAAGAUUUCCAGCACAUUUUGCGUGUGCUUAACACAAAUGUUGAUGGGAAACAGAAGAUCAUGUUCGCUCUUACUUCCAUCAAAGGUAUCGGAAGGCGUUUCGCCAACAUUGUCUGCAAAAAAGCCGAUGUCGACAUGAACAAGAGAGCUGGUGAAUUAACUGCUGCCGAGCUGGACAAUCUCAUGGUGGUCGUUGCGAACCCCCGACAGUUCAAAAUUCCUGAUUGGUUUUUGAACAGACAGAAGGAUUACAAGGAUGGAAAGUAUUCACAGGUUGUGUCUAAUGCUCUUGACAUGAAGCUGAGAGAUGACUUGGAGCGUUUGAAGAAGAUCAGGAACCACCGUGGUCUGAGGCAUUACUGGGGUCUCCGUGUCCGUGGUCAGCACACUAAGACUACCGGUCGCCGAGGGAAGACUGUUGGUGUCUCUAAGAAGCGUUAAACAAUGUGUGUUUUUAUUUUGGUGGGCAAGCAAAUUUUCUGUUGGAUGCAAUAUUUUAGAUUAAUGGAAUUAGUUGUUUUGAGAUUGGGUUUACAACUUUUUUGGAUUUGGGUGUUGGGGUUUCUUUAAGCCUCUCUCCCAGGUGUUAUAUUUCAUAUCCAUCAUUCAUUUUUGCUCCUUAUAAUAGAGAUUGAAAUCCCAAGUUGAGUUUCUUUA